AGAAACAUAACCUUAAAAUUGCCUAAAUAGUAAACAGCGUAAACAGGUGUUUUCGACUUUUUGAGUUAUAUUUUUGAUAUUUAUCGUUUGUAUUUAAUUUAUUUUUAAUAAUUAAGAAUCUUCAUUAUAUUGUGCCUCGUAUGGGACUCUAAACACUAGAAAUAGUUCGAUAUUGACAAGAAAAUUGUAAAUAAAAACAAUCAAAAUAUGAACGCAUUGGAGGGAAAGGAAUUGUACAAUUGUUCACUUUCCUCAUUAGUUACAAAUCCAUUUGUCACACAAUGGUCUGAAGAUAACCAUUUAUCAAUUAUUACAGAAAAAGGAAUACACAUUUUUGAAUUAGUACCAUCGCCAAUGACUUAUGGAUCGAGUGUAAAGUUUUCCCGUUCCUUCGUCUAUCCAUCAGAUGUACUACCCACAGAUGCAUUUACAUCACAAUUAAAUUUAAUAUUAUGGCAAUGGAAGAAGGAGGAAAUUUAUUCCUUCCUAUUGGAAGAGACACUCGUUCCACGAAUGAAUGUCAUGACUGAUCUUGUACCAAAAGUUGUCUCUCUAAAAUGGUCCUCCCAAGGAAUGGUACAUCCAAGUAAAUGUCUCCUAUCAAUGAUAUCAUCGGCCGGAGCAGUGGAUAUUCUCCUGAAAGAUGAUUGCGAAUGGUUUUCAGCGUGUGAUAUACAUUCACAUUGGUUGAGAAUUGUCAAUGAAGAAUUUCCCGAUAAGAAUUUCGGUAAUCUAGGAAGUGAAGAAUUUAAACGUCAUAUACGACGUUUGCAAGCUGUGGCAAUUGUGUGGAGCAAUUUGUACGAAAAUUCAUAUUCUUAUUUUGUUGUCGCUUACAGAAGUGGAGAUUUACUUGUGUGGAAAAUUCCAGCAGUCACUGAUCAUGGUCGUGAAGUUAUUCCCACUGUUACACUUAGAACGAAUUUAAAUAUGAAAAUAAAAGUCGACAUUGUGGAAUGGAUAAAUAUCGAUCAGAAUAAUUGUCUAAUUGUAAUGGGUCUUUUCAAUGGGAAAAUUAUUGCGUUAGCUGUCAGUGAAUUACAGGGAAAUGUGACAUCGAAACAAAUUGAAAUUUAUCCCGAAGAAGAUCUCGUGAGAAUUUCCAGUCUAAAGUGUAUUUUACUGGAGGAAAACAAAAUACGAUUGGUUAUUUGUAAAAGUACUUUUUUAUUCGUCAUGACUAUUGAUAAUACGGGAGAAAUACUCAAUAGUAUGCACUAUCAAUUUCCUGCCUUUUCUAUAACAGGUUUUUCAAUGAUAGAUGAAAAUCAAUUUUUGAUCUUCAGUCAGGAUGGAAAAUUAUUCUUGGCAAAAAUUGAAAACGAAAAAAUAAAUGGUGAAUUGAUAAAAACGGAUUUACCAAAAUUAUAUUCACAGUAUUUGGGUCUCUCGCAAUCGUACAAUAAACUUUUGUUUGCUACUGUCACGAGUCCAAAUACAAUGUACGAUCAUCUUGUUGUUCGUGAACCAAGUAUUUUUCACAUAUUCUGCAUCGACAGUGAAAAAUUUAAUCCAUUGACAAUUUUAAAUCAGAAUACAAGCAAGACUCUCUUAAAUCAUUGGGAUUGCUUUAUGGUCAUUGGAUUUAAAUUAUCCAAGAACUUAAUGUCUGUAAAUACAAUUGAUAAGAUUCCGAUACAUUUUGAAUCACUUCCAGUCUAUGAAUUACGAGUUCUAAUGUGGCUUUUAGUUUUGGCCGAUGUUUACAAACGGAAAAAAUCUCUAUUUGAUUUUUUAAAUGUAUCGGAGGAAUUAUUGGAAAUUCGUUCAUUAAUAACGAUCUACACGUCUUCGUCGUAUUUAAUGAUGAUUGGUACAAAACCAUGUAAAAGUCAUGAGCAAAGACUUUGUACAAGAUUUUUGAGAACUUAUUUAGAAAUUUAUAUUGCCGGUGAAGACGAUGAAUUGGAGAUGCCAGUUUGUCAGAGUGCCGAUCGUGCAUUAAAAUUUACAUACAAAGUGGAAGUAUCAGGAUCGGAAGUUUGUAAUUUAUGUAAAAAUGUAAUUGUCGAUCUUCCAUGGAAAACGGAGAAAUGUCCCACUGGACAUAAAUUGCCGAGAUGUGCUAUAACAUUUUUACAAAUCACAUCUGUACGAUAUCGUUCGUGUUCAAUUUGUAAGCAAAUAUUUCAUUCGUGCCUUGAUGAGGAAUAUCCCGAGGGACCAAAAUGUCUAUUUUGUGAUAUACCAGUGUUACAUGAUUCACGGGUAUUUGGUUCGGUGGAUCGUGAUAGGACGAAUUUUUCAAAACGAUUGUCUACACGACUUAAAAAUGCUGAAGCAGAUGAAGGUGGUGAUGAAGAUCCCGACGAUAUGUAAGGAAGAUGUCGAAUUGAAGUCACGGAGAAAUUUUUGUAUUUUGAGGACAAUUUUUAUCAGAUAUAAAUCCAAACAUGGGAAGAGAAUUCGAACUGAAGUGGCAAGUGCUAAACACGCGCAUCGAACAUUUGGUCUACCAAGUGUACCAUUAAAUCCUCCCACGGAAUUUUU